AUGGGUCUGUUGGAGGACUGCAAGCAGUACUUCGGAACCGAUGACUUGUAUGCAGUGUUGGGCGUGAAGAAGGGCGCCAAAGACAGUGCCAUAAAGAGUGCGUACAGAAAGCAGUCACUGAAAGUACAUCCGGACAGAGCAGAUGAUGGCGACAAAGAAGUGGCCAAAAGAGCCUUUCAGACGCUCUCCAAAGUCCACUUCAUUCUGAGCGACAAAACUCUUCGCGAGACAUACGACGAGACGGGGAUUAUAGCCGACGAAGACUCGUUUGAAUCAAAUGCCGAUUGGAGUGAAUACUGGCGGCUAUUGUUCCCCAAAAUCACUGAACAGGACAUCUCGUCGUUUCUCGACAAAUACAUCGGUUCUGCGGACGAGACCAACGAUUUGAAAGAGUAUUACAUGAGAUUUGAAGGCGAUUUGGAUUCAAUCAGUCAGUGUGUCAUUGGUUUCGACGAAAACAGAACUCGAGAACUGAUUCAAGGGUUGAUUGACGCCGAAGAAGUUCCGGAGUUCGAGGCGUUUGUCAACGAAUCGGCGGUUAAGCGACAGAAUCGCGUCAAGAGAGCCACAAAAGAGGCGAAAAUGGCUGACAAGGAGUCGAAGAAACUGAAGAGCAAAUCAAGUGAUGAUAAUUUAGUUCUUGCCAUCAGAUCGAGAGCUCAGAACGGUUUUGAUGAUAUGAUCGCUAAUCUUGAGGCCAAAUACAGCAACAAUAAGACCACCAAAAGUCCCAAAAAAUCUAAACGCAAAUAA